AUGGCCACCCCCGUCUGGUUCAUCACGGCCGCCUCCAGUGGCUUCGGCAAAUACACCGCUCUUGAAGCGCUGAAGAAUGGCCACAGAGUCAUUGCCACCGCUCGCAGCUCCAAAAAGAUUGAACACCUGAAAGAGAAGGGCGCGGUGACAAUGGACCUUGACGUUGUGCAGCCACUGGAAGAGAUCCAGACUAUCGUCAAAGAAGCCCACAGCAAGUUCGGUCGCAUCGACUACCUCAUCAACGCUGCUGGCUAUAUCCUCGAGGGUGCUAUCGAGGAGGCUAGUCCGAAAGAAACCUACGAUACUUUCAACGUCAACGUCUUCGGGAUCCUGAACGUCACCCGCGCAGUGCUACCCUACAUGCGCGAGCAGAAGUCCGGCGCGAUCGCCCACUUCGGCUCCGUGGGCUCCUGGGGCGGUGCACCAGCUGGAGGCCUCUACUGUGCCACCAAAUGGGCCAUCACUGGCGUGACCGAGAGCUUGCGUCCGGAAGUCGCACCCUUCGGCAUCGACGUGUGUGUCAUCGAGCCAGGCUACUUCCGCACCGGGUUCCUGAACGCUGGGGCUCGUGUCUCGACCGAGAAGCGGAUUCAGGCGUACGAUGAGACAACUGCGGGCCAGGUCAGAGCUGUGUAUGAUGAGCGGGCGAGCAAGCAGCUCGGGGAUGUUGAGAAGGGGUGUAAGGUCAUCUUUGAGGUCAUGGCGAAGAAGGGAGGGAAAGAGGUGCCGAUGCGGUUGGUGCUGGGAAGUGAUGCGUAUGAGAUGAUUAAGGCGAAGUGUGACUCGACGAAGGAGUUGUUGGAGGAGUGGAAGGAGGUGAUUGUCAGUACUGAUCAUGAGGUGAAGUAUUAUUGA